AGGACCGAGAGGCAGCGCUGAGGGCGCGGGCUCUGUUGGAGAAGAACGGCAUACGGACGCUGCAGGUGGACGCCGUAGAGACGGACUCUCUGUCGGUGGUGAUGAAGACGGUGAACCAGCUGAGUGCCGCAGCGCCGCACAGUCACGUGAUGCUGCUUGCUCACCAGAGGCAUUCUGGGAGGGUCCUGUGCGCCUGCCAGGUUCCGAAGGACUCGUCGUCCCUCUCGGCCGCUGAUUGGGCGUUGGCGGUGUGUCGUCACCUCGGGGGGAGCGCCGGGGGCUCUGCGCUGGUCGCCAAGGGAACAGGAAGCAGCGAUGACAUCACGGAGGCUCUGAGGUGGGCCGAGGACUUCGCUCGCCACAAAAUACAGCGAUGAUGUCAUCAGGUAUCUGCUGUACUGAGGAGCUGCUUCCUCUUUGGACAGGAAGUGUGGGGGCGGGGCACCAUGUGGGAAGUGGGAGUGCGGCCUGGUGGGUGGGCGGGGCUUCCCUUUGCUGCUUUCAGCCAAUCAGAGACCUCUAUACGAUUUUACAAUUUAACUGUAACUGUAAGCCCCACCCACUGCUGCAGUCAGGCCCUCCUGAUUGGACGACACGGUCACGUGUGACGGAUUAUUAUUUAUGACAGAUGAUUUUUGUUUUGUAAUAAAUCAGAUUCACUCA